CAGAACUCCGUCACAGUGUCAGCCAUAUUGGAACAAUCCCCCCAGCUCCAGCACUCCCUUCUAGAAAUGGAACACAUGCGCUGCAGCUGGAAGCUGGCAACGAUAGCUAGUGGGGGUACGAAGCAGGACGGCACUCUGGCAGCACGGGAGUCAUAUCCAGCACCUGCGCACAAACCUGCAACCAGAGCAAAUGGACUAAGGAGCUUGGAAGGUUCAAAACAAAAAAAAAAAAAUGAGAGGAAAUGCCAAAAUUGGGCUCGACCAUCUCUCUUGCUCAGGCACGUACCUCAGCGGCAUUCUCGCUUGCAUGUAAUGGCGCAUAUAGCUUGUGAAGAGGCAGGGAGCAAUUUUAAAAACCGCCAUCCCCUUCCAGUUCUUCUAGAAGGACGGCGACGGAUGGAUAUGCUCCACUGAAGACGGCUGCAUCUUGACGGAAAGGUAGAAGCGGCUCGGACCAGCCUUGAGAGCGAGGCAGACAGUCUGUUCACAUUUGCUGCCCCUGCACGUGAAGCCUACGUUUCUGCGGACCCCAGCUGAAGUACAUGCUAAGGCUAUCGCGGUCUCUGUGCCACAUGCUUGCCUCCCUGAAAUGAAAAGCCCCAGCGCAAGCCUCCCCCGCUGUCCCCUGCGACCACUGUGAUCCCUGGCGACGGAAAGAGUGAUGCACGACCUGCUCACCAGGCAGGAGCAGCUGGCUGCAGAGCAAGAGAUGGAGAGUCGCAUUGGGGCCGACACAUCCCCAGCAGAGGAUCCAGGCCCAGUGGAAGCUGUUGAGGGCGCUGCUGUUUCUGCGCCGCAAGUGGCCAUCCUUGGCAAACGUGGUCACUCGGUUUAUGAGGGUCUCACUGGAUGUGAAGUCGGGGGCUUCCGCAAGAAUGGCACAGAUUACGGCUACCUGGUUCGGCAGAACUCUGAGCUCCUGCGGGCACUGGAUGAUUUGGAAAAGACUUGUGCUUCCCUGAAGGAAGAAAAUGGCCUUCUGCGUAAAAGCCGUUCCCCAGAAACGGAGGAGAAGGUCAAGCGACUGAAGCGGAAGAACACGGAGCUGGCAGUCAUCGCCAAGAGGCUGGAGGAGAGAGCACGGAAGCUGCAGGAAGCCAACCUUAAAGUGGUGAACGUGCCCGCCCCGCUGAAGGCCGGCUCCUUGGAACAGUACAAGAGGGCCUUUGCCCGACAGCGUGCGAGGGACCUCGCACAGCACGCUGAUACCCUGCUCUCCAAGGACAAGGAGAUCGCCGCCCUCCAACGGGAGUGCCGAGAGCUGCAGGCACGUCUUGGCGAGGGCAAGGGCAACCCUGCUGGGUCAGGCAUCUCUGAGUUCGAGCGUCUGCUGCGGGAGUCCCAGAAGGAGGUCCUGCGACUGCAGAGGCAGCUGUCCGUGUCUUCAGCCAAGGAGGUUGUGGCUGGGAGCCCCUCCAAGAAGGCUACAGCGGAGACCCCUGUCACAGGGGUGGGUGAUGCCCUAGGUCCCCCUGACAGGACCCAUGGCGUGCAGGAGGAGGAGAAGCGGGAGCCCCCUUUGAAGCCUGAACCGCACUGCUGUCCUGCAGACGAGUGUCAGCUGCCAGAGCAACACCUGCAGUACCUGGAAAGUGAGCUGAGCAAGAAAAGGAAAGAAUGUGAAUGUCUUGAGCAUGAAGUAAGAAAGCGACAGAAGAGAUGUCUGGAUUUGGAAAGCCAGCUGGAGGAUGAGCGAAGCAGAAAUGAACAACUGCAGGAGGAAGCUGGUCACCUCAAGCAGAGGGCUCAGCUACUGGACCAGGUCAAGCUUCAGAAUGAGGAGUUGAAAGCAGAUCUGUCUGAACUGACCGCUCAGCGCAAUUCAGUUCUCGAGGAGAACCAGAGACUCCGCGUCAAACUGGAGAACCUAGAGCAGGUCCUGAAGCACAUGAGAGAGGUCGCAGAGCGAAGGCAGCAGCUGGAGUUGGAGCAUGAACAGGCCCUGGCUGUCCUCAAGUUCAAGCAGGAUGAAAUCAAAAGACUGCAGCGGGCUCAGUUUUUCGCUAAGCGGGAGCAUGAGGGAGUUGUGCAGUUGCUGGAGGAGUUGGUCCAGCUAGUGUUGCGGAGGGAGCUGGCCAAGGUGCGCGAGCUGGAGGAGAAAUGCCGUAAUCAGAGCGAGCAGUUUGGCCUGCUGUCCCAGGAGCUGGAGCGCUUCCGUCUGCAGGCCAGCAAAAUCGACCUGGGUGUCGGCCCCGCGGCACUGCCCUGCCAGAGGCUCUCCCCUCUGGCCAACGGGCUCGGACUGCCUGUCAACAGAGCAGAUCUGGAGACUGCUGUCCUGACGGUAUCUGGGGGCCACGAACAGCCCAACAGUUCCCCGACCACACAGCACCAAGAGUUACCUACCAUCAGUGCCAAAUCUGGGUCCACCUCCAGCACCCCCAAGUCCGAGUCCAAGCACCUAACACCCAAAUCCGAAUCCCUCCCGCACAGCCCUCGCAAGUGCUCCCCGACCCAUGAGGUUGAUACUGCCAGCGAGGUGGAGGAACUGGAUAUUGAUGUAUCCCCUAUCCCAUACCCUGGAAGCAGAGUCACUGCAAAGCUUCAUGUGUUCAUCGCCAGAUACAGCUACAAUCCAUAUGAUGGACCCAACGACAACCCGGAAGGGGAAUUACCGCUCACUGCUGGAGAGUACAUCUACGUCUAUGGAGAUAUGGAUGAUGAUGGCUUCUACGAAGGUGAGCUUAUGGAUGGUCGGAGAGGGCUGGUCCCCUCCAAUUUUGUGGAGCGGGUUUCUGAUGACGACAUGAUGAGUUUCCAUCCCCCUGAGACGGGAGACCUCUCCCACAGCUCCUUCCAGGAUGGAAGCUUCCUAAGCAGCAGCGAGAGACACAUGCGCUUCAGUAUCAACAGCUCAGAGAGGACCGACCCAUCUUUGUCAGCUGAGCAGACCCCAGGGAAGACUUCCACCCCAAUCACCAACGGGCUGGACCUGGACAUGGAGGAAGUGGGCAUCAGUGCAGUGCCUUACCCCAGAAAACUGACUGUGAUCAAACAGCUUGCCCGCAGUGUAAUAGUGGGCUGGGACCCACCCCUGGUGCCUGUUGGCUGGGGAAGCAUCUGGAGUUACAACAUCUACGUAGACCAGGAGCUGCGGCUCAGCGUGCCAUUCGGCUCGCAGACCAAGGCGGUGCUCGAGCGUUUGGAUGUUGCACAAAAGUCUUACCGCAUUUCUGUGCAGAGCAUGACUGAAAAAGGCAGCUCAGACCAACUGCGCUGCAGCCUACUAGUGGGACGGGACGUGUGCGUCGCCCCCACCCAGCUCAAGGUGGAUCGCAUCACGGCCACCUCUGCAAGCCUAUCCUGGCUGCCGAGCAACAGCAACUACGUACACGUUGUGUCCCUGAACGAUGAGGAGCAGGAGCUGGUGAGGGCAGGCUGCUACUCUCUGUGCCUCAGCAACCUGAAGCCCAACACACGAUACUGGGUCAAGGUGGAGGCAAGGCCUCACCGCACACCCUGGGAGCUGCCUGCAGAGCAACAGGAGCGCAAAGCAGCACUGACCUCCUUCACCACACUCAUGGCAGGUCCACCCGAUGCCCCACUGGACGUGCAACUGGAAAGGGGUCCCUCACCGGGCAUCGUUGUCAUCAACUGGCUGCCCGUGACCAUUGACGCAGCAGGGACUUCCAAUGGUGUCCCAGUCACAGGAUAUGCAAUCUAUGCAGAUGACAAGAAAGUUUUGGAGGUUUCAUCCCCGACAGCGGGUAGCGCUCUAAUUGGCCCGUCACAGAUGCACACCCUGCAGAACUCCCGUGAGCUCACGGUGCGCACCAUGUCUCCCCAAGGGGAGUCAACAGACUCUGCACCCGUCGAUCUCCUGACCAGUCUCUCAGGGUUCAUGGCUGGGGUUGUCCCCAUCUCGGCUCGCCACGCUCCUACCCCAACGGUUGAAAAACAAGCUGCCAAACCGCCCACUCUGCAUCUGGGGAGGCCCCAGGGCACACCCUCGACUGUGAACGCUGCCUCUACCGCCCAACCUGCACCACCUGCCGUCGAAGCCUGGGCCCAGCCUUCUUCCGCCACUGCCUUCAGGGCAGUGCCAGAGCCAGAGGCCCCAUCACUAGCAGAGUCAUGCAGCAAUCCAACGGUCACUUUGACCUUGUCCUCCAACCCCAGCCAAGCUUUGGAGUCUAGCAAAGACCCAGAUAGUCCUGGUGUGAGGCGUCCAACCAUCUCUAUGUCAGAGUUUCUGGAAGAGGCUGUGUCCAGCCCCAGCCCCAGUCUUCCAACCACAGAGGUCAGCCCCGUACCGCCACAGGUUCCAGUCCAAGAGGCAACAGACUCCUCGAAUGCCCUGAAUGCUCAGCCUCUGCACAUCCUGAACCCAUCCCCUCUGGAGUCGGAGGCAGAAGAGGAAAGUGGUGCGGAGAACGCUCGCAUGGUGUCCCUCGAGGAGUUCCUGGGCUCUGAGCCGCGACAGCGACUUCAAGGCCACGAGGACAGCUAUCUGUCCAGACGCCAGGAUUAUACGUGUGGUUUGCCAGAGCCCCCCAAGGCCCAGCAUCUCAUUGAGUACCAGGCAGAGAGCAGUCGUGGGUCGGACCUCUCGGACAUCCUCGAGGAGGAGGAAGAGGACUUGUACUCGGACUCAGUGGUGGAGGACCAAAGCCGAGGCUACGGUGUGGGAGCGGCAGCCAGGUCAGACGUGUGGGAGGCAGACAGCGAUGAGGAAGUUCUGGAAAGGAUCCUCAAAAUGCCAUCGCAAGCCUACCACAGCAAGCAACUCUUCAGCAUCCCUGAAGUUACAGAAGAGGAGGACAACAGUCAAGAUCUGGAGGAGGUGGAGCCAAGGAACUCCCUUGGGACUGUGCACUGUAACACACCUCUGCAGGGGGCAGCACAUCCUGACCACGUCUACCUGAAUGGCAAGCAUUUCAAAUGUAUCGGUGAAGCCAAGGAGUCCUCACAGGCCAGGGGCAAGCUGCCGCAGAGGGUCCAGUAUACAGACAUGAUGGACACAAUCUGCUACCGGGAGGAGAUGUACAAUUUGAACACCAGUCCCUACGUCCCCAACAGAGAGUUCAAGUACCAGAGGCCCCAUGAGGGGGGACCACGGCUUUACUGGUCCAGGGAUGGCCCUGACCAAGGAGGAGACCGGCUGAGGAGGGAAGCCCUCCUCAGGAGUCAGAUGACUUCUGACCUCCCUUUGCCUGCCCGAUACCUCGGGGCCAAGACUGUCCAGAGAACCGUGUCUCCAACUGGCUCUGGCUUGGAGAUAGACAUUGAGUACGGGACCGACAAUGAUGAGGAUGUGCUGCCCUGCAGCCCCAGUGAGGUCGUGGUGGAGCAGAUGAGCUCUGAGUGGUGGGUGGAGGGCCGGCGCCCAGACGUCCCGGGAGAGCUGAAUGAGUGCCCCUCCCAGCCUGGAGCCCUCGGCUCGGAGGGUCACAGGCUGAAGAGGCCCGUAGAUCCGUACGACAAUCCGUCUACAAGGCUCGAACACGCCAGGGAACCUUUGGGUGAUGGAGGUCCUCAGCUCAAUGAGGCCAACUCCACAUGGGGUGGGCAGAGUGGCCAGGGACCGAAAGCGGCAAGCACAGAGGGGCGGCUGCACACAGACGCAGUGAGAGAGCCAGGGGCUCCCAGCCUGUCAAUGGCCAAGAAAAGCCUGGCACCUGAGUGGCAGGUGUCAGAGUGCGAGGUACGCCUCUUUGUGGCCCUCUUCCCCUACGACCCCGCCAGCAUGUCCCCUAACCCUGACGCCAUCGAGGAGGAGCUACCCUUCAAAGAGGGACAAAUCAUUAAGGUGUAUGGCGAUAAGGACCUCGACGGCUUCUACCGUGGGGAGUCGGCAGGCCGCCUUGGAUACGUGCCGUGCAACAUGGUGUCUGAGAUUCAGGUGGAGGACGAGGAGACACGCCUCCAGCUGCUGCAGCAGGGCUUCCUGUCUGCCGAGGCAUCGAUGGAGAAAAUAGGCACUCGUUCACAUGCACAGCUUCCCCGUCGCCCUGUUCCACCGCCGAAACCGAGACGAUCGAAGAAAGUUGAGUCUGCUGGUGUCUGGGAGGACAGUGCAGACUCGAGUAGAGAGCCCAGCCAGACCUCCAGCGGACGCCACACCUCGGCCCCCCGCCGCAUGGUAGCUGUGUUCGAUUAUGACCCCAAGGAGAGCUCCCCCAAUGCAGAUAUUGAGGCUGAGCUGACAUUCCACGCAGGGGACAUCAUAUAUGUGUUUGGUGACAUGGAUGAUGACGGAUUCUUUUAUGGGGACCUGAAUGGCCAGAAAGGCCUCGUUCCAUCAAACUUCCUUCAGCCCCUGGCGGAGGCUGCUGAAGCUGCAGCUGUGGAGGUGGGGAUGGAGCAGGGACCGUCCAACAGUAGGCAGGAAUCCCAAGUAAGCCUGGCAGUCUCGGAGCAUCAAGCCGAGCCCCAGGCCAAAGUAGCAGAGGUACAACCUGCCCCACAACCUGCCCCACAACCUGCCCCGCAACCUGCCCCACAACCUGCCCCAGAGCCUGCCUCAGAGCCCGCAUCCAGCUCCAGUGCCCCAGCUGUGCCCACAACAGGCAGCCCAACACCGAGGGAUGCCUCACCCUCGGGAAAAAAGAAAAAGAGCUUCUUUUCCAAGGGAAAGAAACUCUUCAAGAAGCUUGGGUCCAGCAAGAAAGAAUGAAACCAGGACUCCUCAGCUUUUACAGCAAGCACUUUGUUUUUACUAUUUUAUUCUGUCCUGUAUAUUUAGCAAAGGUAUAUCUCACCUAUAUAUACAUAUAUAUAGUAUAAGACAAACCAACGAUUGGUCGCUGUUUCUCUGGGUGUUAAGCACUAAGAAGUUACUUGUUCAUUAAUAAAUUGCUUACAGUCAUGUUUUGUAUGUUAUGGACACCCAGCCAGUAGAGUGGCAUUCCUACAGUACUGUUUUUGGUUGCAUGGUAGGACUAAGUUCACUUCAUGUACCAAUACUUCUCUAGCUUGAGUAAAUAUUACAGUCGACUCCUAGUAAAGUUGUUGAAAAUUCGAUAAAUGCAUUUAUAUUUAAUUAUAUAAGAUACUGCUAACAUGAUGGUGUAGGAUUACUGAUGGUAUUUGCCCAGGCAGAUUUUUAAAUGGUUGCUUGUUUUGAUUACCUGCAAAUGGACUGUUUCGGAUAUUUAUUCUGCAGGUGAAAGUCGUGUCUGUGUUUCUCUGUCUUUGCAUGUUUCUUGUUGAAGAUGUAUUUUUGAUGGUGUGCAUUUUAAAUGGAACUUCAGGCCCUGGAUUGAGCCAUAUGGCUUUCUGGAAUUCUGUACAACUGUGCACAUGCAGUCAUUUGUCGUGCAGAGUCCUCUGGCUUCACGGUAGAACUCCAUUUUGAAACAUGGAUCUGUCACUACAUGAUUAUUAAUUUGAAUGCUAGAAAGCCUUGUCUUCUACAGCGUUGGCCUUUCCAAAGCUUUCAGAAACCUACGCUUUCACAGAAACACAUUGUGAUAAAUGGGCUCCUACCACUUUGCUCGUAGGCCUCCUCCAGCAGGUGUUUAGAUGUAGACAUCGCGUUCACUUAUGAAACUGAAGCGGUUGUUUUUGCCUUUUGAAACAUUCUCAUGGAACUCGCGAUUUAUUGCUGUAAUGAUUCGGCCCACGUUGCAUGUCAGAGGAGGCCAGAGUGAGAAAGACGGGCUGGUUGCAGACCACCCACUGUUGUCACCGCUCAGGAGAUCCCCCACCCAGCCCCAUCGUAUCCAGUUGGUUUACCGCUAAUCACACCACAGUCUGUCCGUACGUCUCUCCAAACGGAAUUGCGUCUCUUCUUGCUUCCCUCCGUUUUAGGAGUGUGGUGUCAUCGUCCUUUUAAGGACGUGUUUCAAAUGAAAAUAGGGAACUCUUGGGUGAGCAGGGCGAUAGAUCGUGGACUAGUGACCGGAGGCUGUAGUCUUACCGGUUCAUGCUUUUCUUUUUUUUUUUUUUUUCUUUUUUUUUUAAUUAAUAUGCAGUAAUUUAUUUACAAGAAAUGUUAACACAGUGCCACCACUGUUGAGAUAUUCCUUUUAAACUAUAGGGCUAUUGUAUAAUCGGCUCUCAGGUGUAAGCAGUAGUUUUUUAGCUUUGCUUUUUAGCCACCUAGUAUGACGCUCUAGUUCUUACCACACGAUCAGACUGUUGCCAAACGUGAGACACUUUGCCUGUUGUCGUGUCAACAGAAGAGCAUCGCAUCUCUGUAUGACUCACCAGCACUCUAAAAGGGUUGGGCGAGCGCUUCUGCAAGAGUUGCACAUUUCUCUGUGUGCAUGUGGGGUCACGAGGGUCAUGAAUGUUUUUUGAUGUUAUUUAUAAUGGGUUAUUGAAAGAAUCCUGCGAGCACAAACUGUGCCUGGUGCUGCAUUGCAUAAACUUUGUUGAAACAUUCAGUCCAAAGCUUAACCGGUUAUGUGUGAUGAAAAAAGCACUUUGAAGCUGAAGGAAAAGGUCAUAGUUGAGACCAUGCUAGCAAACUGCUGGUGUGCUUUUUCUCAGCAAUGCUUAAAGAUUGCGUUGACCAGGUUGACCCAGUUUGCUAGGACUUAGUGGAGCAGCGUUAGGCAACACGUGAUAUAUCGUAGCCUUAUAUGACUUCUGUUAGUCUUAAUUUGUGUUUACAUAAUAUUUCUAUUAAUUGCAUGGAUAAAAUUGACACGCCAGUAAUUUUGCCUUAUUUAUUAAUAUAUUUAUGUGUUUAUAACAGUAUCUGGCAUUUUUAUUGAUGUUUAGUGUGGCUGGUGCAAUAGUAGCCAGGUAAGGAGCAUGUGUGUUGUGUACAUAAUAUGUAGGAGGGGAAAUGCUAGAGUCUGGUUUUAGCAUGGGGGACACACAAAAUCCUCACGCUGUACAUAUUCUCUUCAAAACUGUAGGUAUGUCUUUUGUUUUUUGUAUAUUGACAUUUUUAUUACCAAUCUGAAAUCUCAUCUGUAAAAAGACCUUUUUUGUUAUUGUUUUUGCAUGUUUUCCUGAGAAGCGAUGUUUCAGAAACAGUAAUGGUGGAAUUAGUGCAAAGAAGUUGACUCAAUGGUGUGAAGAUUUCUUUGACUGAGGAAUCAAUCUUUUUACUGGAAUAAAAUAUAUUUUCACAUA